AUGGCCAAAUUUCUCCCAAUGUGUGUUGACCAGGACAUCUCAGAUCAUUGCCCUCUUUUACUGAGAAAUGUUGUGCAGAACUGGGGAUCUAAACCAUUCAGAGUUCUCAAUUGUUGGUUUCAGAAUCCUGUUUUCAGAAAAUUCGUGGUGGAUCAUUGGUCAGGAUUACAGGUGGAUAUUCAGCGCGCGGUGGAAGACUUAUGGGCCAACAGAGCAUGGCCUAAAGGGAGUAAUGUGUCCUUUAUUGUUCUGGUCCCGAAGGUGACUUCCCCACAGGAGCUUCAUGAGUUCAGGCCCAUCUCCUUGAUAGGAUACAAGAUUGUUGCUAAAAUCCUUGCUAAGAGGCUUAAAGGAGUGCUCCCAAAGAUUAUUGAUGAGACACUGUCGGCAUUCCUGGGAGGGAGGAAUAUGCUUGAUGGAGUGGUGGUUUCUAAUGAGGUGGCUCAUGCGACUAAGUAUGGGAAAGAGCCUACCAUCCUUCUUAAAGUCGACUUUGAGAAAGCUUAUGAUACGGUGGACUCGAGCUUCUUGAAUUACAUGAUGCGGAGGACGAAUUUUUGUGAGAAAUUGAUCAAGUGGAUAAAUAGUUGCUUGUCUUCGGCUUCUGUUUUCGUACUGGAUUUUCUUUUUGUUGGAUUGAAGAUUAACUCUACUCGUGUGCUGACUUUGUUGCAAAAGUCGGGGCUUGUCAAAGCCAAAGCUUUCUCCUCCUUCCGGAUCCUCUGCCUAGCAUGGAGGGGUUGCUUCUCGCUGACUCCAUGGGAACCGUGGUAG